GUUAACUUUGACCCGAGCUUCCAAUAAAAAUGGCUGCGCCCAUGUCUAAAAAAGUUCACGUGGAAAUUGAAGCGUCAGAAUCAGAACCAGAAAGAGAAUUUGAAGAAUCGAGUACUUCAGAGGAGAAAGAUACCAGCUCGGAUGAAGAGAAAAAUGAACCAACUGAGAGCUCAACAGGAGGAAAGACUGGUUUGGCAGAUGUACUUGCUAAAAUACUACACAAGAAUGUCCCAUCUCAUAAACAGGUGAUACUUUCAAAAGGAAAGACAGAUAAAGAAAUACAGAAACGUAAAUUGGAGAGGGAAGAAGAAGACACAGAGAACAAGUCAGCAAAAUUAAAAACCGAGUCAACUGAAAAAGAACCUCAGAUAGCCAGAGAGGAAAAGGUAAAGUUAUGGGAGAACAUGUGCAGGAUUAAGCCAGAUCCCCUGGACAGGGUCAAAGAGAGACAACUCCAGAAAAUAGCUACAAGAGGUGUUGUGCAGCUGUUCAAUGCAGUGAGAAAACAACAGAAGGUGUUGGAAGAAAAGAUCCAGCAAGUUGGUACCUCAGAGAGAAAGAAGGAUAAAAUAAUGGAAGGAAUGACAAAGGAUAAAUUUCUCACUAUACUGAAGGGAACCAGUAAAACUAAUGUUAAAUCUGAAAAGCUGGAGGUGCAAGACCAGAAAACAAGUAUUAAAAACAGUGACAGUGAUAGUGAUAGUGGUGAUAAAAGUAAAAAUAGUGGUAAAACUUGGAACAUACUAAAGGACGAUUAUAUGAUGGGUGCAAAGAUGAAAGACUGGGACAAGGAAGAAAGUAAUGAUGAUGAUGAUUCAGGACCUGAUGAUCCUGACUUGUCAGACAGUGACUGAAGAAUUGUGUGAAACUGUUUAAAAGGCUGUGAUGUUAAUGUAUUGAUGAUGAUGUUAGUGAUGAUUUAGGACCAAGAUAAUCACAGUUCAUCAGAUGGCAGCUGAAUUAAAAAAAAUAUGUAUGCAUAGAAAUAGCUGUGAUGCUUUAAACAUGUCUAGAUGAUGAUGUUGAUGAUUCUGGUCCUAGAUAGCCCUGAUGAAUCAGGUUGACAUCAUUCUGUAUAAACUAUCUACCUUGUAUGUAUAACACAUGCUGUGUAUGAUAGUUAUGAUGAUUAUGUUCCCAAUUUAUAGGGUAAGGAUUGAUAUUUACCUGUGUCAGACUUUGGUGAUGUACAACAGGCAUGACAUUGUGUGGAUGAUGAUUGAAGUGGUCAAUGUGAUAUAACACUUAUUUUUGAUACAGUACCAGUUUGCUGCUUUAACCUUUAGCCUGCUAAAUUUCUAAAAUGGACUGGUCCAUCAUUCAAUUUGGGCGGUCCCAUUUAUUAUUUGAAGGGGUUUUCACUGAAAAUUUACCGACUGAAUAGCGAUCAGUGCAGACCAUGAUCAGCCUGCACUGGUCACAAAGGCAUAAUCACUUGCCAACAUCAGGCUAAAGGAUAAGAGUCCUGUAUCAAGUAAUCUGUUCUUUUUCAAUGGUGUUAAAAUUUUGAUGAGCCAUCGUUUAAUUGCAAAGUAAAAUUUGAUGAGGUUUUCUGUUUUCCAUCAAGUUUUCCAUUUUCUAUUAUUAAGUUUCCUAAUUUUUAAGCUCUCAGCUGUACUUUAAAGAAUAAACUGUUAAAAAAAAAACUGUUCUAUUUCUCAAAAAGAUAGCCUAAGCUUUUCAUACUGAAUACAGAUGAAGUUCCUUUUUUAUAUCUACAUCCUGGUUACAAUGCAAUUGUUGUAAAUUUAGUGUUUUAUGUUCAAUACAGGUAACUGAAAAAAAAAACUGCAUUUAAGACAGUUUCAUAACCCGU